GGCGAUUGCGUGGCCGACAGCAUGGAGGAGGAAAUCAAAACCGACGUGAUUAUUGUUGGAGCCGGUGAGCUGCUCACAUUGCAGACAAAACAAUGCUUGCCUGGUCUGAGUCUUCAACUGCAGGCCCGACAGGUCUCGUUCUUGCAAUUGAGCUUGUAAGUCUAUCCCCCGACUCUUCCACUGCAGGCUCGACAGGCCUGGGUCUAGGGAACGCAAAUAACUCCUGGGUGUCUUCUUUCUACCGCAGGCACGAAGAGGGGUGGACUUCAUCGUAUUCGACAAACUGCCCGACAGGACUAGAGAGUCACGGGCUCUCGGUACGGUAUGCGUCACAACAGUCCGGUCAGGUGAACCGCACAUGAACGAGCACAUGCGUUUUACAUCGCAGGAGUCAUGCCAAGGACACUGGAAAUCUACGAGGACCUCGGCAUCGUCAAGCAGGCACUGAGCAAUGGCGUGGAGAUGUUGGGAGAAAGGCUGUUCGUGGACGGGACCGUCGCAGUGGAUUGGAAUUUCAGCGAGGAACGACACAACGAACAAAAUAGGAAACGUCUUAGUCACCGAUUACAUUGUGCACUGCAGGUCGAUUCCUUCUACUGCAAGCCGCUUCUCCUCCAUGUAAGUCAAUACAGCCGACAUGAUAACGUGUGCUUAAUGUGAUGUGACGCUUGGUGUGGUAUGUGGUGUGGUGUGUCCGGUCAGCAAGUAAGUGGGUGUGCUGCCGUCUUGACAAUGCUGCUUUUUUGCUACAGCUAAUCGACAUCUUUUUCCUGUCCACUGUGUUCAGGGUACCUAGUAUUCACUGCCCUUCGUUCCUCUCACUGUUUUCUGUAUCUCUGACGUACAGGUGUCACAGAGAAGGUACAUACACAUACAAUCUCUCGUGGUCCGUCGUCACCUUUUUCCUGCUGUGCAGUUGCUCUGCGAGAAGCUCGCAGCCAUUCUAGGACCUGACAGAAUGAACUAUGCGUUGCAGCGGCCAGUAGAAGUAACUUCUCUCAAGGUGAAAGUUUUGGAAAAUAGAUCACGUUUCGCGCUCAGUUGUUCAUUUUCCUUUGUUGUGCCACAGGUGGGCCACACAUUCGCCGAGGGAGUUCACGUGUGUGCCUGCUCGCUCUCCGAUCCUGAGGAGAGCAAUGCAAAUGCUGAGGGACAACACAGCGAGGACACCGGCAGCGUCGACAACGUCACCCCAAGGACUAGUGAAGCCGAGACGACGUCGUCAAUGACGUACGGGUGGACAACAUCAGGAGACACGGGGCAGCAAGGACCGAGAACUCAUAGGAUUCGAGGAAAGCAGUUCAAUGUGCACGCCCGCUACGUUGUCGGAGUGAGCCCUUAACACUCUCCAUUGCACGGCUAAACCCAUUGCACGGCUCUUCAAGACAAUUUAUGUUUUCUGUGUUCUGAACCUCUUUUCAGUGCGAUGGAGUAUAUUGAGUCAUUCGCUCCGACAAAUGUUAGCAGGAGUCAUUUUCUUGUUGCAUUGUAGGCAAGGAGCUUCGUUCGGAAGAGUCUUGGAAUUCCAUUUGAGGGCUUCACAAUACCAUCAGAAUUCAUCGUCGCUGACGUUGUGAUGACCUGGGGCGUGCCACCAGACCGGAACAAAUUUAAUCUCCUGACAGGUCAACGUUGAACAUGAAAGAUUCAUUUCCGAUACUGGUGCGAUGGAAAGGUUACUGUCCUUUUCUGGCGUUUCGGCUCAGCUCCCAACCGGAUGGUCGAAUGGUAAGCAACGGCUUGGCUUUUGGUGCUUGUCAACAAGUUACUUUCUCUCAUUGCGCAUUUUGCUGAGUUGUCAGCUGUCCGUUGCCGUCUGGUCCCAGCCUCCUCGAACCACCACCAAGGCUCCCCGAUGGUGGAGCAACACACAGGCGUCAAGGUGGCGGAGCAGCGAGACAAUAUGGAAGUAGCUCGUCGAACCGAUGGAGGUAACAAAGCAGGACGGAAAGUGUUCUUUUCGCGGCUGCUUGGUGGUUGGUUUGCUUGCAAAUCUUUACUUACGUUUUACUCUCAGGCUGACGACGAUCAGGCGAAUUGCAGAAGACCGUCCAGAGGCGAUGCUUGAAUGCCGCGAAGCGAGGUUUGGAGAAAGAACCUGGCAUAGCAAAAGGCUGAAAUUCUCUCCAAUCUCCCAUUUCUACAGGCCACCACCGAGCAAAAAAGAGCUACAAGCCAUGACAGGUAUCUAAGCGAACACGUGCCCAGUACAGAAAAGUUCAUGUUGCUUUACUUCAGCGAAGCUUGUCGCUGGCACGAUCAUCGACCACGUCAUAUGGAGCUCGAGUUUUUCCAUCAAGUAAGAGAAUGCCCUUGCACAUCUACCUCAACUGACCCUUUCUCCUUGUCAACAGCUGUAGGUCUGCAGCGUUCAUGAAAAGAGGUCUGCGGGGGCGUGAUACAAAGAGGAUUGCAGCUUGUUCGCACCUAUUGCUCUCUCCUUCCGAUCAGGAAAUGCAUUCCUUGCGGGCGAUGCUGCACAGUAAGAGAGAAAGAAGCGCAGAAGGAAGAACUGUCAUAAGCUGCCUAUUUACUUUAUACCUGUUAUUUAAGCAUCUUCCCUCCGCUUUUCCAUCAAGGUAUUUCUUGAGUCGUUGUAAGUGGGUUUCAUCUCUCGCGUUCUCCGCGUGUCGUCUUUUUUAUCAGGUCACAACACUGGCAUCGGCGACGCCUACAAUCUUGGUAUACGGAUAGAUAGAAAAAAAAGCAAAACCAGAGGCCCAUCAGGGCGAAGACGUUUUUACCGCUGUCCGCCGCAGGAUGGAAGCUGGCUCACGUUCUGCAAGACGGCGCGAACCGUGAGUUUCCAUACACAACGGAUCACACCGCAGAGUUAUGCGUUUCUCCCAGCUGCAUUGUUGGAAUCCUACGAACAAGAAAGAAAGCCCGUCGGCGACGCUGUUGUUCGGUAUGUUAUUCAUAGAAUAUUGCGUUGACUGAACCACUUCGUUCAGCUACUGUCUUGUGUGCGCACAGGUUCACAAGCUUCGGUAAGUUGACGACGGCAGCGUGUUCGUUAAGUGUGCAGCGUUGUCAACUGUUUACCAUUUUGAUUGAUUUUACAGGGUACCAGGAGGUAAAAAUGGGCCGUGACUAUUGAGAGAACCUUCAUUCCACGCAAUGUAUCUCAUGGGCUAUGACCACGGCUUUUUAGAUCAUCGAGGCAAAGGGCUACAUCGCCUGGAGUAUGAAGAAUAUUCUUCCUCUGGUACGUCCAAAAUUCGAACGCAAGAUCUAUUGCUGCAGUUUCUUGUUGUGCAGUUUUUCAACAACAAGGCGUUCAACUCGGCCCUGACAAAUCGCAUCUCUCAAUGUCACAUCAAGUACCCGGUCGACUCAGGCGCUGUCGGAAAGGUCUUCGUCAGUGACUCCGCUUUGCCUGGAGAGCGAGCACCAGGUAAUUCGUAAUAAUAUCAUUUGCAAGCCCGCGACUGGACAACACUCGCGUGGGUGACAUGUGUGUACGUACAUCUUUGCAGAUGCAACAGUUGCCAUAAUUUCAUCUGAACCCUCGACCGUCGUAAUCGCACCGCUGCCAUCCAUCCACUUGAGCCAAUGCAAAGCCUCCGCUGUCUCUCGCAGGGGAAUUUUAUUCGCCUUCAUGAAGUGUACGUUGGUUCAGGUAGGUCACUCACGUCUGGCAAACAUUUGAGCUUCUUUCUUUGUGAUCUUCUUGUCUUUCUUAAAGGCCACGUUUUGCUUUUCGUUCUUCGGAUUCCACUUUCGAGCGAAGGGCCCAGUGGAAGCAGCUGGUUCAAUCUUUGCUCCUCUCAAUCACAAGUGACGGAGCCAUGUAGCAACUGUCUUCGACUGUCUUCCCACACGGAGUGCUCUUUCUUCAGACCGCAGAGCGCAACAUAAUAGGAAAAGAACUUGAGCAAAUCGUCGAAUUCGCCUCCCGAGUGAGGAGCCGCAUCGAGAAGACUAAGGUCGUUCUCUUAUUCACAGUUGGCUUAGCCAGCAUUGUACCUCCGUAAGGGAUGCAAAGCCAUUCGGUCACUCAACUAUUGGAUCGCUCAACGUUGUUCUCCGUUUGACAGUAACGCGCAGUUUUCCGGCCUGUCCUUCUUGAUCGCGAACUUCAAGGAACGGAUGUCGAAGAACUUCCCGAAUCAAGCACCAGAGGAGACAUGUGUUGCGUGGGAUGUCGAAGGGGAGGUCACCCGAAGGUAUCGCCUCCAUCUUCACCCUUUCACGAAGCACAAAUGUGCAGCUUUCUUCUUGAUCCGGGAUGAUAAGGUUGGUGCAAGCACGCAACGUUUGUUAUUAGCCUCUAGCUCAUCCGCAUAUCUUUGUCCGUUUGUGCUUUUGUUGUGUUCUCAAGCACAUACGGAACCACGGCUGUAAGCAAAGAAAGGUGAAGGGAUGGUCGCGUGAAUACUGUGACUGUUCCGGUUGAUAGACUGUGGCGACACCUAUGCUGAAGCGACCUGCAUCGACUCGUUGUCUCUUUACCAUCCGUAGCACAUUCCGGUGGCGGCCGGCGUGCAGUGGGAGCGGCCAGAGUUCAC